CUCGGCUCCCGUUUUGUGUGUUGGGGGGAUGGGGCCGUGCCGAGGAUGAGACACUCCGAAUAUUUACCACUUGGCUAACUAAAUAUCUUAAUUUCCUAACUGGGCUUCAUCUAUCGCUCUUGUAGAUAUAAAUACUUUUCGACCACGUAUGAGUUUGGGUGGAAUUUGGCCAAAAUAAGUGGAGUAUCUGUACGUCCACGACACACGCUUAAAAAGUCGACAAAAUGUAUUCCUCUGCUGGAGCUUCUGAGAUGCUUGAGGGACCCCGUUCCUCUGGGUCAGCAAGCUCUGAACCCCCAUCUUCCCCAGUGCCAGAAUAUGUGUUCAAGCCACCAUCGCGGCCGGACUUCGGCACCAUGGGCAGGACAAUCAAGCUCCAGGCCAACUUCUUCGAGAUGGAAAUCCCCAAACUGGAGGUCUACCAUUACGACAUCGACAUCAAGCCUGAGAAAUGCCCCAGGAGGGUCAAUCGUGAAAUCGUGGAGCACAUGGUCCAGCACUUUAAAACACAAAUCUUUGGGGAUCGAAAGCCAGUGUAUGACGGGAGGAAGAAUCUCUACACUGCCAUGCCCUUGCCCAUAGGCAGAGACAAAGUGGAGCUUGAGGUAACCAUUCCUGGUGAAGGCAAAGACCGCAGCUUCAAAGUAUCCAUCAAGUGGGUGUCUUGCGUCAGCCUGCAAGCUCUGCACGAGGCACUAGCAGGACGGUUACCCAGCGUCCCCUUUGAGACCGUCCAAGCCUUGGAUGUUGUCAUGAGACAUUUGCCCUCUAUGAGGUAUACCCCAGUGGGCCGCUCUUUCUUCACUCCUUCAGAGGGAUGUUCUAACCCCCUUGGAGGUGGCAGAGAGGUGUGGUUUGGAUUCCACCAGUCUGUCAGGCCUUCCCUUUGGAAAAUGAUGCUCAACAUCGAUGUUUCGGCCACCGCAUUCUACAAAGCCCAGCCUGUAAUUGAGUUCAUGUGUGAGGUCUUGGAUUUCAAAAGCAUUGAAGAACAACAGAAGCCCUUAACAGACUCUCAGCGAGUGAAAUUUACAAAGGAAAUCAAAGGCCUGAAGGUAGAGAUCACUCACUGUGGGCAGAUGAAGAGGAAGUACAGAGUGUGCAACGUGACCAGAAGACCAGCCAGCCACCAAACGUUCCCCCUGCAGCAGGAGAAUGGCCAAACUAUUGAAUGCACAGUAGCACAGUACUUCAAAGACAAGUACAAGCUCAUCCUGAGAUACCCCCACCUCCCUUGUCUACAGGUGGGGCAGGAGCAGAAGCACACCUACCUCCCUCUAGAGGUGUGUAACAUAGUGGCAGGGCAGCGCUGCAUCAAAAAGCUGACUGACAAUCAGACCUCCACUAUGAUCCGUGCCACUGCCCGAUCGGCACCAGACCGUCAGGACGAGAUUAGUAAAUUGAUGAGGAGUGCAAACUUCAAUACUGACCCCUAUGUUCGUGAAUUUGGAGUGAUGGUGAGGGAUGAGAUGACAGAAGUGAAUGGCCGUGUUCUACAGGCACCUUCUAUUCUAUACGGAGGCAGGAACAAAGCAAUAGCCACACCAAUUCAAGGAGUUUGGGACAUGAGGAACAAGCAGUUCCACACUGGCAUUGAGAUCAAGGUGUGGGCCAUCGCCUGUUUUGCGCCACAGAGGCAGUGCACUGAACUCCUGCUCAAAGCAUUCACAGAUCAGCUGAGGAAGAUCUCUAGGGAUGCAGGGAUGCCCAUCCAGGGUCAGCCUUGCUUCUGUAAGUACGCCCAGGGAGCAGACAGCGUGGAGCCCAUGUUCCGGCACCUCAAGUACACCUACCAGGGCCUCCAGCUGGUGGUCGUCAUCCUACCAGGGAAGACGCCUGUCUACGCUGAGGUGAAACGUGUGGGGGACACAGUACUUGGCAUGGCCACACAGUGUGUGCAGGUAAAGAAUGUUCAAAAGACAACACCUCAGACCCUCUCCAACCUCUGUCUGAAGAUCAAUGUGAAGCUGGGCGGUGUCAAUAACAUCCUCCUACCGCAGGGCAGGCCGUUAGUGUUCCAGCAGCCAGUGAUAUUUCUUGGUGCAGAUGUGACUCAUCCGCCUGCAGGGGAUGGAAAAAAGCCUUCCAUCGCUGCUGUUGUUGGUAGUAUGGAUGCCCAUCCCAGCAGAUACUGUGCCACAGUUCGGGUGCAGCAGCACCGUCAGGACAUCAUUCAGGACCUGGCCACCAUGGUGAGGGAGCUGCUCAUCCAGUUCUACAAGUCCACCCGCUUCAAGCCCACCAGAAUCAUCUACUACCGCGAUGGCAUCUCUGAGGGCCAAUUCAACCAGGUUCUUCAGCAUGAGCUGCUGGCGAUCCGUGAGGCCUGCAUAAAACUAGAGAAGGACUACCAGCCCGGUAUCACCUUUGUGGUGGUGCAGAAGAGACACCACACAAGACUCUUCUGUAUGGACAGAAACGAGAGGGUUGGGAAGAGUGGUAACAUUCCUGCAGGCACCACAGUGGACACCAAAAUCACUCACCCUUCAGAAUUUGACUUCUACCUUUGCAGUCACGCUGGCAUUCAGGGUACCAGCAGGCCGUCUCAUUACCACGUGCUCUGGGACGACAACCACUUCUCUUCAGAUGAACUGCAGGUCCUGACCUACCAGCUAUGCCACACCUAUGUGCGCUGUACCCGGUCAGUUUCCAUCCCAGCACCAGCUUACUACGCCCAUUUGGUGGCUUUCCGGGCUCGUUAUCACUUGGUGGACAAAGAGCAUGACAGUGCCGAGGGCAGUCAUACAUCAGGCCAGAGUAACGGGCGUGACCAACAGGCCUUGGCCAAGGCCGUUCAGAUCCACCAGGACACCCUGCGGACCAUGUACUUUGCCUGAGAGCACACAAACCCCAGGUUGGGGUGGGUGAGACCCCACUGAUGAAACACACUACCCCUCGCUGUCUCGCUGUCAGCUGUAGAUAGCAUCACAGUGGUUUCACAUCGUGAUCUCCCUACCUAACAGACCUGUCAGUUACCCAUAUGUCUACAAUUGUACUUCAGCCCCUGACCCACCCGAACCAAGCCAGCUAUUAGACUGUAAGAUGCAAAAGAAUCCCUCUUUCUUGGGGUUUAAGCUGGAAGAGGUUUUAUUUACAUGUUGUGCAUUAGUGUGUGUUUGUAUUUGUUGUAGGGAAAUAUGUUGCAAAGUAUGAAAGGAAAAGGAAAAGUUCGUACACUGAUAGAAGAAAUCAACCAUUUCUAAACUAGUGGGCAGUAUCAUUAUACAUUGGGGUGAUUUAUAAUUUAGAAGAAGCAGUUCACCCUCCUCCUCCUGUUUCUAUCGUUUGUGAGGGUCUUGGUGCUUGAAGGGAGAAGGAUCAAAUUCAUCAAAAGAUGAUGUUCACUGUUUAUAUGCCUAAAGAUUUGCUCCUCUGACAAACAUUAUUUAUCAGCCAAUCAAAGCAAAGUGCACUGACCAGAAUGGGUACUUCAAUCAGGACAAAAGUACUUAAUAUAUUAAGGGUCGCGUGUGAUUUUUCACAUAGGGCACUAUGUGAUGAAAAGUGCCAUUUGAGACCACCUUUCUGUUGUCAUUUCUGUGUAAAACUAUGAAUUAUUAGGCCCACAUCUGCUGGGUUUUCAGUAUUUGUCCUUGAUUGACACUGAUGACCAUUUUAUGCCAAAUCUGGUGACAGCUUACUAAUGGAUUCUUUGCAUCAGAUUUGUUAUCAACCCUUGAACCAACACUUAGUUUAUUCUUGAUGAGGGCUCCUAGUGUUCAAAUAGAGAUUGAAAGAACAGCAAUUUUAUCCUUCUCUGCCUCUCUGGUUAGUCUGAACUGAAAGAGUUGCACCAUUAACCUAAUUCCCAUGCCGAGAAAUAGCAUAUUGGGACUGGUUCCCAACAAAGGACAUCUUUCUAAUGUACUCUGAGCCGUGUUGAUAAAGGACACAUGAUGUAGAAAUCAACAUAGAGGGGAAAUUGAUGAAAUCUUUUUUUUUUUCCCCUUCAUUUUUUUAUAGUCUAAUUUAAUUUCAAUCAUUUUUGUAAUGGAUAUGCAUGUAGCUGACUCAUGUUUUAGUAAUUUAGGCAUUUGUGAUACCUGUUUAUUUUUUCCUUUAUACACAUUAACCCUUCUUCUAUGUUUUAAUGUAUAUAGCAGCAGGAUAGUGUUUUCUGCAGUGUCUUUGUCAGAGCGGGAUAUUUGUGUGGCGUCUCGAUAUCCAGGCAUUCGGUACAGUGGAGUGAAAGCUGCAACAUUUUAGAGUUUAACUGAUUGAAAUUCCCUUCAAAACAAAAUAAUCUAGUGUUUUGCUCCAGGAAUUAGGAGCAGUCGUCGCACAAAAGCUUGGGUUUUAUGCAAAUGACUUUUUGUGAGUCUUUAUACUAUAUAGUAAUGUUGGUAAUAAGGUAUAUUUUGAAUAAGCUUUCAGUGGAGGCUGCUGAAAAUGUUGUAGAGAUUUUUUUAAAUGACUGGCCCACAUGUAGUCUAAAUUAACACUGUCUAUUUGUAUACAGAUUUUAAAUGCAAAUAUUCUCUUGCCUUCUAAGACUGUUACAGUCUUACUAAUAAUUUUAGACAUUUCCUAACAUCCCACUAAGUUUUACUACGAAGUUAAGCUGGCGAAUGUUCUCAUAGUCUUGAUUGGAGGCGAGUAGUCUACAUUUUCUAACUAUGCAUCAUUUUUAAUCAAGAGAUUUAGCAGUGGGGGUAUCUCACAUGAAUUUGGGUCAUUUAUAGAGGUAGAUAAUCAGGGCUUUUUUUGUUAUUAUUUUUUUUAGCAUGUUGCAUUUAGUAGCGUUUCUUAGUGCUUAUCAGCAUCUUCAUGCCUUUCUAACAGGAUGAAGUAUUUAUGUGGUCAUUUGUAACGUUGUAGAUUUUAUAGCCUGAAAAUUGGGUGUAUCCUUUGUAAACACACAAUCUUUCUUAGCCAAACAAGAUUACAAACUUUUACAUGAUUAAUAUUCAAAAGACAUGGAAGCACAAAAGGACAUCUUGAUUCUAGGUGCUAGAAGUUUUCACUGUAAACCACCUUAAAUCCUCACUGGACUGGUCAACAAGGCUUUUUACUUGUAUGUUAAAAAGAUGCUUCAUCACCUUGAGGAUCUUUUCUCUCCCUUUGACGACCUCUCUGUGUUACCCUUUUUACUCAUUACCUGUAAAGCAACUAGAAAUCCGACUGACUGUGUUUGUGGGGCAUUCUGAAAAUCACGUACUUGAUAUUUACUGUUAUGAUGUCAAUAUUGUUCUUAUCGGUGCUGGUCUCACAACAUGUAAAUUUGGAUGCACUUUUGAUAGCAGAACGUUGGUAUGACUCUAUAGAUGUGUGUUCCUCAAUCUAAGCAGGAGGCUCGGCCAUAAUGCGUCACACUGGUGUAAUUGUAUGGAAAUGGCCGUGUGUUCUACCUCUUGUUACCUGUUUAAGUGUUAUGGUAACAUCACACUGCUGGCCAUUUCUGUAUAAUUACCCCUGCUAUCUAUCUAAUUGGCAUUGUUUGAGUCUUGCAUUGACAGUAGGGGUUUUAAACGCUUGGUGUGCAUGACGGUGAACGCGCUUUGUAGUUGUGUGAUUUUUGCUCUUUUUUUCGUAAUUUUACUCAAAUUGAUACGAGAGAAUGUGUUUGUUUUUUGUAGUGGUUUUGAGCGUUGAGCUGUACGACCAAAUUCUUGAAGUGUGUUUGUAUUCACACACAGCUUUCCCUUCUUUCUUUCCUUUUUAUUCUAUGCACCAGUAAAAUGACAGAAUUCUUUUUUUUUUUUUUUUUGACACCUGAGAAGUAUAACAACAAAUGCAAAGCCCACAGGUAUGAUCAGUGCGUGUCCUUGAUUUGGAGAAAUUGUAAAUUUGCUCUAUUGGUGCUGUUAGUCAGGCUUUUCAAGUUACUUGCAAAUUAAAACAGAGAAUAAAUUGAAUCCACAUGAACAGGUUUUUGUAAGGAAUGCACUUCAGCAAGGCCUUUUUAGUCAGUUACAUUUCACAACAGAACGUUAUUACAUUUUUGAUUGUAUGUGAUCAUGCAUUGAUACUUUGAGUAUGAGGGUGACUUCAUCAGAGCAAAUGAAUUUUUCCGCUGUGUUUUAUGGAGACUGGUGUCCGUUUGGAGCCCUGUUGUUGGGUGUGUGUUUGGAAAUUAGAAUGUAAUAUGUCCUGACAUAUGGAAAGUAAGGAAGGGAACACGUCUCCUUAAUGAUGGUUUACAUCAAGGUGGCGUUUAAGGAGGCGGCUUUGUACUUGUUGUUACUGCUUCUUCGUGUUUUACAUUACCUUUACCAGCACCUUAAAAUAGUAGAUUACAAUGGCAUUGCUUUUCCUGGAGAUAAAACUCAAACAUUUGACAAUGUUGUUUUUGCACUAAACAAGAAUGGACUUUUGUAGCUGUUGCAGCAUUAAGAGUAUUCAUCAGGUGGCAGACUCCUUUUUUUUUUUUUUUAAUUUAGAAAGGAGCAGUUGGCAUCGGUGGCAUUUCAAAAUACAAGAGGCGCAGCCAACAGGGCCCCAAGGGCCUCGUGUGUGUGUGUGCGCCUGCUAGAAUCGGGAGGGAUUCUACCUAGCCAACCAGCAUUCGGCUUUUCAUCUUUCAGAAAUAUCCUCACGCCUUUUUAAAUGUUAAACGAAAGAGUGAGGCUUGUAGUUGCGUGUGUGGGUUGCCUUUGUACAGUGAUGUGUGAGAAAGUUGCUUUAUGCAAAACAAACUGACAGGUAUUGAAAAGAACCGAUUAUUACCGAUGAUUAACUAUAGACCGUACGAUUUCUGUAGAGACCGGGGGAUGCCAAAGUGCUGUGUGCGGAGGAAGCGUGCAAGGCAGUUCUGACAUGGUUACAGUCCCGGUUCAAGACUGCAACGCGCAUAGAAUAAAUGCGUAAAGUAAAGCCUCUUCAUGUGUCGGACACCACCAUGGACUAUACAUAUCAAGAUUCAGAAGAGGCUUUUUUUCCGUUUUACGUGAACCUGCUUGAUCAUGAUGAGCUAAAUCAAGAAUGUGUGGAACAAACAGAGGAAUACACGAGCCUGGAUGAAUGUGGCGCUACUUUACCGUUUAAUAGUGCCCAAGGUGCUUAGUUAGGUGUUCAAAACACCUGCAGUGGUAACCCUCAUGAAAUUACAGGAUACUUUCUUCUCAGAUACGUAACCUCAGUUUAGCUGUUUGUCCGUGUCUUUUGGAGUGGACACAGCAGGAUCUAGAAACGGCUGGUUUGUAAACUUAAAUGGCAUAUCAUAAGCUAAUUGAAUUGAUAGACAGUUCAUUUUAUUUUAUCGAUACCGGUUCUUUCUCUUUUGUAAGUAUAUAUGAUUUAGGGUUGAAUGAGGCUGAGAUAAAAAAAAUCCUCCUCGUGUAACGAUCAGCCUGUAUUACUUUUUAAAUUUUUUGCUUUUAAAUGGUCUUGGAAUAAAAUGAAUUCCCAGUUUCAACCUAUACACCAGUUUAUUCCAAACCAUUACCCUCUGUAUAGGGACAUCUCUCCUCUCAUCCGUCUCUUGUAGAGAAACUAUUGCUAAUAUAAAGAAACCUCUUGUAGAGUAGAACCUAUUUUCCUAGUUCCAAAUAAUAACAAUGAAUGUACUUAGAGCCUGCGUGGUUUGUAAUAUUGUAUAGGCUAUCCAUCCAGUACAUUUAUACUCAUGUUUGCUUCUUGUGUACAGCCUUUUUCCUUUUUCUUUUUGGUGUAUUUUUCUCCUAUUUAUAGGCUUUAAUAAUUGCAGAAAGUAUUAUGUUUUGUUCUUUUUAAUAUUUCAUAGGUUUCGAUCACGCCCACGUCACCGCUGAUAUCAUGAAUCUUUUCACUGAUUUAACAGGAGUUAUACAAGUCUACAGUUGAGAUGUCUUUCUCUAGAUGUUGGCUACUGUAGUUUUUAGGAGACAAAAACGUUUCACACUGGUGUAAAGAGUCGUCAUCCUUUCUGGCCUGGCGUCAUGCUUGUGUGAGGUGCUGUAUCAUAAGAGCUGUGUGUGUAUAUAUGAUGGUUGCUUUGGCGUGUGAUCUCGUUUGCUGUUAGAUUUUUUUGGCUUCCGCCUAAGCCCUCGAUCUGAUAUUCCUGUCUUUUGCAGAGUUGUCCUGUAAAAUCCUAAAAUCCUCCCCGAGUUCAGCUCACUAACUCAUUAGCGCAGUGCCACUUAAAAGCAAAGAAGCUAAGGUUUUUCGUUUGAGUGUUGCUUGUGUUCCUUACUUUUAGUGAUUGUAUUAAUACGCAGCUGUUUUUCCAGAUUUUAAAAGUCCCGUUUUAUGAUUUACAAGGCACUCGGCUGGCUUCAGCAAGCAUCGUUUUCCUAUUCCUUUAUAAACCUUUCUGAAGCAUCACUUUGUCCUUGACAGUCAGUCUUUAUCAUGCCAAUGUCCACCCAAUCACCUGUAGCCAUGUGACACUGGUGUGGUGUCCACAAGGUCUCUGCGGUUAGGGUUAGGCCUAUACUAUUGUUUUUAACUACAACUCUGAAUUAUUGUGUACAAAUUCAAAUGGGGUUCUGGCAGACGCGAGGACGGAACCGUUAUGCCUCAUGUCCACAGGAUGCAGCUGCGCCGUUUGUUUGGUCGCUAACCUGCAGAACUAUUGACAUUCCCAUCAGCCUCAGCUGUACUUGGUGUUAAAGUGCUAAUCACCGAAUCUUUAGCAUGCUAAAACGAAGAUGGGGACACUGGUUAACAUUACACACAUUACGUUAGCAUGUUAGCACCGUCAUUCUAAAAAGGUUAGCAUGGUGACUUUAGCUUUUUAGCUCAAAGUGCCGCUGUGCUUAAGGUCAGCCUCACAGAGCUUCAGAGACACAAGCUGCUCCGGCCAAAACAGACCCAAUGUCUAAGGGUAGCCGAGCACAGAAAUCGGGCGUGAGUGACGAUGGGAACCAGAAGUGUCUGGCGUCCAGCAAGCGACGCAGCGGCUUCAGGUGGACAUGUGGGAUUAAUCUGACCUUCUCACCCAACAAAACCAAUGCCAUCCAGCCGAUCUCCAUGCAUCCAAUCAUGCAAGACUCCUGUGGGUAUUUUUGUAUUUUCAAAGCAUUUCUAGUCUUCAGAAUGACUUGGCUUUUUAUUUACCAACUUGGAAAAAAACUACCUCAGAGCAGUGUCAGGUGCUAGCUAAUAUUAGCCCUAAUUUAUAAUAAUGGUAACAAAAAUCCAAAAUUGUUGUGACCAAACCAAUACAAGCCAAUAUCGUGUGAGAGCACUGUUCUUUCCUUUAACCUUAAUAAAUGGAAAACCAAGUAAUCAUGUAUGACUGGUUGGUUGCUUUAGUUGGUUACAUUUUAGGGGACCAAAUUUUUGUAAUUGGAGUCUCAUUGUUUCAAGUCCUUUAUUUUUUUUCAAACAGUGACUAAAACAACCCAGCACAACCUAGGACUCAUUCAUGUGGUGAAAUAGACUAAUCAUGACCGGACCAUAUAUGGACAGACGUGCCAUCGUACAGUAAUUGCUCUUCACUAUGACAAUGUGUUGAUAUUCCAGUAAAAUGGUGGUGAUUCUGAGGAAUAUUUGUUGUGGCGUUGAUGGUUUGUUGGAAAGAUGUUUGUACAGCAAUAACAUUGGUGUGUGGGCUGUGGAUUGUUGGUCAUCUGUUUGUCUUCACGCCAGUCUGUCCUCUUUACGUCGGUCAAGGCAACACUCAAUAAACAUUUUUAGACUUUUCGUUAGAUGGACAAUACUUUGUCUCCGUAUUUGGAACCGGCCUUUUCUGUUUUCGUUUUAGCAGAAUGUUGAAACAUUAAGGUUUCAUACUGGAUAGAGCCACUCCACGUGAUCAAAUGCCUACAUUUCUUUGCCGCGUCAACCCAGUACUGCAAUAAAACCGGGAUCCAAGUCCCUGUCUCGUACUCAGUUCAUUUCCACUUCUCCUACAAUUAGCCAGACUCAAGUCCGUUUUUGUCAAAGGUUUUAAGAUGUAGUUUUGCUUGCGACAAAUUACAAAGGGAAUAUACACAUUUGAACAUGCUUUACAAUGUAUCAGAGCAUUGUAAACUUCAACGAAAGGUACAUAUGAGGUUGUGUGGCAAUUAACUACAGUUUGUUGUAACUUUAGUCAAAACUGAAAACAUCCAGCGUGUUUGUAGUCCUUUUUAUGUGUGCCUUUUGUCGGAUCUCUCUAUUCUCCAUCUGCCCCAACAUUGGGUUUGUGAGUCCUUUUUAAACAUAAAAGGUUUUGACAAAAUCUGCUGCGCCACAUAAAAAAAAAAACGAAUUUCCAUUUUUAAUUAUCAUGCAACCUUGCGUGUAGAUGCUGCAUAGAACGAUCAGUAUUUGUGUUUUGCACUUUCAAAGCAGUCUCAAAAAAAGAAAUUGCCCACUUGAGGCUGGGCAGAAAGUAAAAAGAAAUAACUGACGAGGUAUUUUAUGCUAUCAAUAGGAAUUAUAAGGAAUAAUAUGACUUUGAAGAGCUUUUCUAAAAAGGUUGAUAUAUCUAUAUAUAUUCAUGAAGUACCUCAUAAGCCUGAUAUAUGCUGCAUUGACUUUUUUUUCUCUAGUGUACUUCAUAUUGUCCAAUAAAAUUUUAAUUUUCCCCUUUUGGGAGGUUUGAAUGUCACUACAGGCUGUGCACAUGCCACAACCAGUAAAUCUGAUCGAGUUCUGUUGUAACAAAAGAGUACGUUACACCUUGUGGCCAAAUGAUAAUGUGUCAUUUAUGCAAUUUAUACACAAAAUGUCAUCAGAAUAUUUCUCAGUUGUAGCCGCAACUGAGCACUAUUUCUGUGCUCUGUCUUUUUUUUUUUGUUUUUGCAUAUUCUCUGUGUCUGUGUAGCCAAAAAUAUCGGGUUUAGUUGACGAAGAGUUGACGUGCACCAAGCAUCCUGCAAGGCUCUGUGGUAUAACACGACUGUUGACUCAGGUAUUGUCGUGAAAGGGCUGUUAUCUGCUUACUGUGUCCCUGUCCCAAACUCCUCCCCCCCCCCACCUCCCCCCUGCACCUUUGUCUUAAAAUAGCCUUAGAUCUACAUGUGAGGUUCCUAUUUGGCCUUAAAAGUUGAACAAAUUAUGCACUACAAUUUCACAGACUUGACAGAGAGCUCGAUUCCCGUUCAGACACACACAUAUAUAUAUAUAUUUUUUUUUUUUUUUGAAGAGUUCAUGUCGUGUCAUUGCCAUGUUAUCUACCUCCUAUGAAUGUAGGGGCUGUCCUGGAGUUGUAGUCGACUGCAAAACCUUUUUUGAUUUUCUUGCUCAUUUAAGUGAAACAGACAAUCAUCUGUAGAUUCUUGAAAAAUAUAAGAUAUUCCCCUGUUCAUUCAUACAUAGAACUGAUUCCAGGACACUCCAUUUUCUUGAUGUUUUGUUUUUUUUCCCUCAUUGGCCAUUUUCAUUUUUAUACAUUGUGCUUUUUAUUUCAUUGUAAGCCAUGACGGAGAAGCAAAGUGACCAAAGUCUCUUGGCAAAGGCAGCCCUGCACAGCCGUGUGAAUUCAAACCUCCCUUCAUUUGUGUCAUUUUGAACUCAGUUUUGAGUUGUUGUUUUUUUUUUCUCUCUCUCUCUUUUCUCCCUUAUUUAAACCACGACAUGCCAAAACUGAAUUUGCUGUCAUUCCUGUUCUGGUGAGGGUCUAUAUGUUGCUGAUUUAAUUUGUUCACAUCCACUGCUAAGCUCCUUGUUCUUGUUGUUGUAAAGUUGUAAGCUUUGAUUUCUAUUUUACAUUUCCUCAUUUUUGUUAACAAUUAUGCUUACAGAACACAAGAUAUGCUGUAAACCCUGUUAGGACAUAAUGUGAAUACGUAUCACUUAAUAUAGUUCACUCUUUGGCUUGACUGUAAGUUGCGUUAAUUAAUAAAAAUGUUUAAAAAGUU